UUUAGUGCAGAAAGGUAUCCAGGCAGAUCUAGUUUUAGCUCAGUGUAGGUUUAUACUGCGGCGCACAUCCUAGAACCAUGAUAUUUCAGGAGACUGCAUUUACAAAUAAACAGUGAAGAACUAUGUUAGCAGACAUCAAAACAUAGGUUUUUUUGAAUGAACGGUAGGAUUUUGAUUGAACAGUAUGAUGGGGAGGAUUCAAAUACAAUUCAUCAUCUUUCUCACUUAUCUAGACUUGUACUCGAGUAUUCUCAGUGUGAAAAAGUGUUGUCUGGAGAAUGAAGUUUUGGAUAUAUAUUAUAAAACCUGCAGACCUGCACCUCAGAACUACAAGAUGGGAUUCAUCCAGAACAUAACCUUUCCUACCUUUCCUCUUCUACCAUUAGACGAACAUGAACAGAUUCCAUUCCUCUCAAUUCCUUUCAAUGGAACACAUGAAUUGAAUUGUCCAGUAGAAAACCGUUUACUCUACAAUGGAAGUAGAAACUCUAGUGUCUUAUUUUCUAAAAAUACAAAUCCUGGGUAUAGAACAUAUAGCCUACUAGCAGGAAGAGUAAAAUAUGAGGCAGAAUUUUUUUGCUUGGAUUGGGCAUUCAAAGCUGAAGAUGAAGAUUCGUAUACAGCGUUUGCACUGGUUUGUUCUAAGUGUGACGAGCCUUGUGUAAGUGUGUGUCAUACAUCUGACAUUGAUGGGAAAACACUUGCAUUAGAAAAUAAAACCUAUCAAAAAGUAUACGUAGAGCAACAUUGUCAAGAAAAAUACAUAUAUAAAUACAACGAAAGCCACUUUGGGUAUGAUGAUGCAUCAAGGAGGAUGAGUGUGGAUGGAAUACAUCGAAAUUUAUCCGAGUACUGCUUGCACCAGGAGGAGGACGAGAAAGGAGUCUCUCUUCAUCUUUGUCUUCUCGAGUUCUAUAACAAUAGAAAAAUUUUCAAAAUUGUCCUUUCCUUAAUCAGUUUCUUUUCCUUAGCAAUCCUCAUCAUCAUUCAUAUUUUAGUCAGAGAGUUUAGAGAGCAACCAGGUCCGAGGAUAAAAUGUGGAGUUUUCUGGAAUCUAAUGAUAUUGUAUCUAGUUAUAGCUAUAUCUAAUCUCAAGGAUUUCAGUGAGGAUAAAGCUAGCUGUUUAACUAUAGGCCUUGCUAUUCAGUUUUUUGGGCUUUCUAUGUUCUGCUGGAUGACUUGUAUAAGCUUUGAUCUUUGGAACAGACUUAGAUAUCUACGCAGAAUAGAUGAAUCUACCCCUACAAAUGUUCAGUGGUAUUUUCUCUUUUCAGUUGGGUUCCCAUUUCUUAUGUUUGUUCUCACUCUUACAAUUCAACUCAGAACAUCGAGGACGACAAGUUCAGAAACCCACCCUCCUCCUCCCAGAAUAAGUGGAAUACUUGCAGAUGAUGUUUUAAACGAAGCUAUUUCUCUUCCUCAUUACAUUCAUCCAGGUAUCGGGGAGGAAUCUUGUUUUCUUCAAAACUACCUUCCUAUGCUUCUAUACUUUCAUCUUCCUGUUCUAAUAAUGCUUCUGAUUAAUCUCUUCAUGUUUAUUUCCCUUGCACAUGGAUUCUUCUGUGGAGUCUGGAGACCAAGAUCACAAGAAUUCAGGAGUAAGGAUUACAAACAGAAAAUAGACGUAUUGUCAAAAAUGUUCUUGUUUAUGGGAAUCAACUGGAUAGCUGAGAUCGUUCUUUUUAUAUUAAGCUGGACCAACGUGGCGAAAGAUGUCAUCUGGUUAACAUACAUUCUAGAUACAUUUAACUUAAUAACUGGGGCUCUAUUUCUCGUACAUUUUCUACAAGUUCUUCCCAACAGAGAAUUGUUAAAGAAGGCUCUAGUAGAGUUGAAGGUUUUUAGAGGAAAUGGUUUGUUAGUUCAGACUAGACAGAGGAGAGUGUCAAGACCUGCAACCCAGAUGUCAGAACUAGAGCAGGAAUCUGGAUCGAUAUAAACAUUUCAAAUUUUUUAAAUACAGCAGGCAUAUUUGAUGAAUUUAAUGUAAAAAUAUGAUUAUUAAGCUCUUAAAGGAAGGAUUUUUCUAAUCUGGAAAUUUUUAUUUAUUUAUUUUGCCUUUGGUAAUAAAGUACUUUUUGACAUGUUGGUACCCGUUUAAAAGUAAAAAAUGAAUUGUUACGGCACAAUUUGUCUAAUUUAGAACAAUUCAUGCAGUAGACAGUGAAUUCUUUUUAAAUAUAAACCAAACAAAUUCGUGAAUUUUUUUCCGGGUUUUCAUCAUGUCGUAGAAGAAGAAAAACCUGUGGCCGAAUUUAAAGAAUUUGAGCGGCGGUUUAAAUUUAAACCGCGGCUUAAAUACGCUUGGUU